UUUUAAACACGAAUUUUUUUUGAAUACGUUAUUUAUUCUAAUUUUUAAUUGUUAGGUGUUAUUUGAAGAUUCUGAUUGUCCUUUCCGUGAUUCGGAUGACGAUUUAUUAGAUGAAGUUGAUCAAAUAUUCAUGGAAAAUCCCCUGGUUCUGCCCUUGUAUUAUCAAGUGGGUUCCGGAUUCGAGAUUGAUGAGGCGAUUGUUCUCACAGAAAAGUACUCGUCGUAGAAAUCACAAGUACCAAGGCGAGGAAAUUACCUUCCGGGCCAGUAUAGAUAUGGAACGACUGCCUCAGGAUGUACAAGGCAUCCCGAUGGUCCGAAUUCCAGAUAUCGUCCGGGAAUUGUUUGAGCAGCUCAUUCGUCGAACUACAGCUAAUCUGGGCCCAUCAGACCUCAUCCGGUUUUGCAUCCAGGCAGAAGGAUUGGAUAAAUCGAUUAGCACGUACCUGAUGGUAGUUUCCACCCUUACAGUUGAAAAAUUUUGGCUGCCGUCAUGAAAGUGUUGCAGUCCAAAGACAAGAUCGAGCUGGAUACAGGGUUCUCGGUGGACGUGAUCACUAUUAGACGACCUGUGGGUGCCGGUGGAAACAGAAAAGUGAUCAACAUCUCCAUGGAUAGAUUAAGAAAACAAUCCAUCUUGGCUAUUCCCUAUGACGACGAAGGACUGUGUUGUGCCAAAGCAAUUGUUUAUGCAUUAACGCAUUUGAACAAGGACACGACUGCCAUCAAUGCCAUGCGAGAUCGUCGUCGGCCAGCUCUCUUGAAUCGUGCUAAAGAACUUCAUAUGGCUGCGAAUGUGCCUCUAGACCCUGCACAUUUACAGAGAUUGCCAUCUUUGAAGA